CUUGUCCUGUCGUCAAAACUUAUUAGUAUCAGUCGGUCACAUGGAUCUACGAAGCAACAACAACAAUGGACUACUUCACUCUUCUUAGUUAGUUAGCCUCUUCAUUUCAUUUUCUUCUUUCCUCAAAAAGACUCAACACACCCCUGUUUUAUGCUCUCUUUCUGUCACUUGUGUUUAUCCAAGCACACCAAAAACAGAGAAAAUGAGGAUGGAUUAUUUGAAGCAAAAGUUUCCCUUCAACCACAGAAACCUCUUCCUCAAAUUGCUCCUCACAAUCUUCUUCAUAGGCCUCGCUUUCCGCAUCCUCUUCUUCCACUCCCUGUCCCCUCAGAUUUCCCCUGUUUUGGAAUCCCCAUUUCCUGAGAAAGUGACAUUACCAGAACCUCAGACUUCAACUGUUCCAGAAGAAGAACAUGUUCCCGAACCUCCACCUGUUAUAGAACAUGUUUCCGAACCCCCACCUGUUCUCGAACAUGUUCCCCAAACUGAAGAUCAACUGUCUCCCACUGACUCAGAGAAAUGUGAUUACUUUAAUGGGGAUUGGAUCCCGAACCCGUCGGGUCCAGUUUACACUAAUGACAGCUGCGACCUCAUUGAAUCUCAUCAAAAUUGCUUGAAGAAUGGGAGGCCUGACAGAGACUUUCUGUAUUGGAGGUGGGCUCCCAGAGAGUGUGAUUUGCCUCAGUUUGAUCCAAAGAGGUUUCUCAACUUGAUGCGGAACAAAGCCUGGGCACUCAUUGGUGAUUCCAUUUCCCGCAACCAUGUGCAAUCGCUGGUCUGCAUUCUUUCCAAGGUGGAAAAACCUGCCUUAGUCUACCAUGACGAGGAAUACAAGUGCAAAAGAUGGAACUUUCCCUCGUACAACUUAAGUUUGUCAGUUAUUUGGUCACCAUUCCUUGUGGAAGCUGCUAUUUUUGAAGACAUAAAUGGUGUUUCGAGUUCUGAAGUUGAGCUACAUCUUGACAGACUGGAUAGUAAAUGGACAGAUCAGUACCUCGAUUUUGAUUACAUUAUUAUUUCAACCGGGAAAUGGUUUCUCAAAUCUGCAAUUUACUAUGAGAAUGAAACUAUAUUGGGCUGCCACUCCUGUCCUAAGAGGAACCUGACAGAGCUGGGGUUUAACUUUGCUUAUCGCAAAGCCUUGAAAUUUGUGAUGAACUUCAUAGUGACUUCCAAUCACAAAGGGUUGAUUUUUUUCAGGACAUUCACACCAGAUCAUUUUGAGAAUGGGGAAUGGUUUAGUGGGGGAACUUGCAACAGAACAGCACCAAUUAAAGAAGGUGAAAUGGAAAUGAAAUAUUUGAACAAGAUGCUUCGUGAAAUUGAGUUAGAGGAGUUUGGAAAGGCAGCUUCUGAAGCUUCAAAAAAUGGGGUGAAUUUUAAGCUUGUGGAUUUUGCUUCACUUUCACAGUUGAGACCUGAUGGGCAUCCUGGUCCAUACAGGCAAUUUCAUCCAUUUGAAAAGGACCAAAAUGCUAAAGUUCAGAAUGAUUGUCUGCAUUGGUGCUUACCUGGGCCAAUAGACUCUUGGAAUGAUAUAAUAAUGGAUAUGGUUGUCAAUGGGUAAGAAAAAGAAAGACGGUUAAAAGCCCCAUACAGUUGUGUAUAUUGAGUGAAUUGUUACUCUCUGUAUACCAUGAUUCUUGAUAUUCAUAUUUAUACGGAUGGACAAUGGAGAUUGGAGGCAAAUAAAUUAAAUGUAGCAGAAAGGAUUCUAAAUAUCAGCUUACAGCUAAUUUUGAUAUGGAAGUGCAUUGGCAUGGAAAUCUGUUUCUUUGUCUCCUUUUCUGUUUUUGGUGCUUGUAUAACGCGCCAUCCGUGGUUAUUUUAGGCAACUAUAGUCUAUAGUUCUAUCUUUUUCCAUUUUCUUGCAAUAUAUUUGAUGAGUUGUGUUGUGUUACACAGCUAUAAAAAUGUAAUUUAAUUAGUUUUGAGGAUGGUUGGAUAAGAUAAAAUGUCAGGGAUUAUUUAUACUUAAUUCAAUGAAUAUGUUAAAAUUAUCCACUA